AUGUAUAAAAAAGCCAUAGAUUUCUGGGUGUUAAUUUUGUAUCCUGCUACAUUGCUGAAUUCAUUUAUUAGAUCUAAUAGUUUUUUGAUGGAAUCUUUGGGGUUUUCUAUGUACAAUAUCCUGUCUUCUGCAAAUAAUGAUCAUUUUACUUCUUCUUUUCCAACUUGGAUGCCUUUUAUUUCUUCCUCUUAUCUUAUCACUAUGGUUAGCACUUCCAAUACUACAUCAGGAGUGGUGAAAAUGGUGAUCCCUGUCUUGUUCCUGUUCUUAGGGGAAAUUAUUUUAGUUUUUUCCCAUUGA